GGGCGGACACCCCUUGCCUCAGCUUCAAACGCUGGUCACCUGGAUGUCGUUACAUUCCUUCUUGACCAUGGAGCUGAUAUUAAAGCUGUUGAUAUUGACGGAUUGACGUCACUUCACAUAGCUUCAGAGAGUGGCCACUUGGAUGUCGUCAAGCUACUACUUAACAAAGGAGCAGAUAUUACGGCUACUGCUCUAGAUGGUGAUACUGCACUGCAUGUGGCAUCUACGAAUGGACAUCUGGAAGUCGUCAGACUACUACUUGACAAGGGAGCAGACAUCGCGGCCAUUGAUCUAAGUGGCAAUACUCCACUA